UUUUUUUUUUUCCAAAGUUCUACAGUCAUGCAUUUCGGCAAGAUGGAGUUCCUAGUCUUUGGACUUACCCUAUGGGCAGCUAGCUUGUAUGAAAUUACUGCUGCAGGAGAAGCAUGCAAUGAAUAUGUUGAUGGUAUCCUACGAGAUAUGAAGGAAGACACAGAAGUUUUCCGCGAUCCUUACGAAAUACCAACCAAGACGAUAGAGGUUCACAAACAGCUUCUGCUAAUUAACUAUACAGGAGAAGCGAGUAUCUACGAUGGCCACAUCUAUGGCUUGAGGACAGUCAAUCGAGAUGGAGAUGUCGUGGUAGAUCGCAUGAAGCAAACUCAUUUGAAAAUCUUCUUGGGGGCUGGAGAAUUGCAGAUGAAAUGCAGUGGAAAGGUGAAACUAAUGGGCCAUGGUCCGCAAGCUAAAGUUGAAGCAAAAAUAUCUUACGUCAGUAUGAAACUUGAUGUUGUUCCUUCAGCUAAGGACUCAAACCCCAAAAUUCAGAACUUCAAGGUCGACGAUGUUAAAGGGUCAGAGGUUAAAGUUUCUGGCUUAGGGCCUUUAAAUUUCUUCAUGAAUGCUUACAUACGCAUUAUAGGUAAAUUUUUCAGAAAUAUUGUUCUCUCUGCCGUUGAAGGUAGAAUGAAAACCUUUUUGAACAAGAAAGUGAACAAGUACCCUAUUCCAGAAGAAUGUCUCAACGAUGCCUUUAAACGCAGUGCAAAAUAUAUCGGACUCUGAUCACUUGACUAAGCCUACAGUUUUAAUGGAAUAAAAUUUUCAAAAAGCAUAUUAAUUAUCUGCAAUACUUUUGUAAAAUAUAUCAUUGCGUUGAUGGUAUCCUGUAGAAGAUAUUGAAUAAACAUUGUUAAAACAUUUCAGACCUUUAACUGCCUG